GGUGAUUGGUUCCUUUGUGUGAGAAUGCAGCUGCUGGCCAUUUAAAACAUGAGGGAUUAAUUUAUCCAAUGACAGCGCUUUACUUCAUCCUGAGGAGGGAGAAGCGCUCAAUUUGAAAUAUUUGAGUUAGUGCGAGGAAGAAGUCUGUCCGCGGUGGGUGUUGCUGCCAUUAUUUCCAGCGCACCGCCACAUUUUGUGAAGAGAAACAAGGUGACCACUUCUUAUUCAUUUCUCUGCCUUGCCAGUUAGGUUAGGUGACUUUAGUUAGGUUAGGUUAAGUUAGUUUGGUUUGUGUGGUUAGGUUUGGUUAAGUUACGUUUGGUUAGGUUAGGUAGUUUAGUUAGGUUAAGUUAGUUUGGUUAGGUUUUAUUUGGCUAGUUUAGGUUAAUUUAGUUAGGUUAGGUUAGUUAGGUUAAGUUAAGUUAGGUUUGGUUAAGUUAGUUUGGUUAGGUUAAGUUAGUCUUGGUUAGGUUAGGUUAGAUUAGGUUAAGUUAGGUUUGGUUAGGUUUGGUUAGGUUAGGUUAGGUUUGGUUAGGUUAGGUUAGCUACUUUAGUUAGGUUAAGUUAGCUAGUUUGGUUAGGCCUGUAAGGUGGAGGUUGAGUGGAAUGAUGUCGCUUUGCUCCGGAGUGGUGAAUCUGCUCCACCCGGACCCUCGUUGCUGGAUCCACUUGUUGCGGUGGAUUGUUACCCUCUAAUUUAAUUCAUUCCCAUCACCACUAACCUUGCUGUUGGAAUGACAGUUCCCACAAACACUCCAUUUAAAUUCAAGUUAUGUUGAAAGGCCGGGGUUGAAUGUGAUUUCUCUCUCUCUCUCUCUCUCUCUCUCUCUCUCUCUCUCUCUCUCUCUCUCUCUCUCUCUCUCUCUCUCUCUCUCUCUCUCUCUCUCUCUCUCUCUCUCUCUCUCCACCUCAGUUAAAUUGUCUGUGUGCAUGAUUUGGUUAGCCUUAGAAGUUAAUGAGUUAGGUAUUCUGUACACAGCAUUAAUACUGUGAUAACAUUUUGAACAGUAAGUAUUCUGUACACAGCAUUAAUACUGUGAUAACAUUUUGAACAGUAAGUAUUCUGUACACAGCAUUAAUACUGUGAUAACAUUUUGAACAGUAAGUAUUCUGUACACAGCAUUAAUACUCUGAUAACAUUUUGAACAGUAAGUAUUCUGUACACAGCAUUAAUACUGUGAUAACAUUUUGAACAAGUAUACUGGGGAAAAACUGUGUUUGUGUUCUUAACGACCCAGUGAAGUGUGGGUGGGUGACCCAACUUUGGGCUGUGACCCAAGGGUUAAGAACCACUGACCCAAGGUGAUGCACUCUUCCAGGCACUUGCUGUGAGAGAGAGGGGAGACCUGUGCACCGCUGUGCUGCACUGUGCUUAGAUGUCCCUGGUUCACUCCUGAGGCUGUACCAUUCUUGCCCCUAUUACCAGGCCAGCAUCCAGGCCGCCGCCCUGCCUGGCACUGACGGCUGUCUGGCCUCCCCGAGGGUCCCUGCAGGACUGGACGCGGCGUGUGCUGGCGGGAGUGGUGCUGCGGUGGAGGUCGUGAGGCCGGGCAACAGCAUGAGCGGCCAGCGGCGGCGGCAACAGCGGCAGCAGCAUCAGCAAGCCUCAGGUGUGGGGAGGCGCAGGUGUGGUGGCAAGAAUCACCUGGAGGCAGGCAGCUCUGUCCACAGAGGAGAGAGCAAGUUUGAGUGCCAGCAGUGUGACAAAACUUUUGUAUCCAGACAAGGCCUUAAGUACCACACCCUGACACACAGUGGUGUUAGAAAUUAUGAGUGUGGUGAGUGUGGCAGGAAAUUUACCCGUAAGUCUUCCCUCACCAGACACACCCUGACACACAGUGGUGUUAGAAAUUAUAAGUGUGACAAGUGUGGGAAGAAAUUUACCCACAAGUCUUCCCUCACCGUACACACCCUCACACACAGUGGUGUUGAAAAUUAUGAGUGUGAUGAGUGUGGGAAGAAAUUUAUCCGCAAGUCUCACCUCACCAGACACACCCUGACACACAGUGGUGUUAAAAAUUAUGAGUGUGAUGAGUGUGGGAAGAAAUUUACCCACAAGUCUCACCUCACCAGACACACCCUGACACACAGUGGUGUUAGAAAUUAUGAGUGUGAUGAGUGUGGGAAGAAAUUUACCCACAAGUCUUCCCUCACCUCACACACCCUGACACACAGUGGUGUUAGAAAUUAUGAGUGUGAUGAGUGUGGCAAAAGAUUUCCUACCAUUUCUCGUCUCAAUAAACACGCCUUCAGACACACUGGGGUGAGGGAGUUCGAGUGUGAUGUUUGUGGCAAGUGUUUCAAGACAAAGGCUGAGAUUGCCAGGCAUGUGAAGAUCCACUUCUGAGGUGGUGGUGUGUGGACACAUGGGGCCACACCUGUACCUGUGGUGGUGGUGGUGGUGGUGGUGGCUGUGCCUGUGUGUGCUGUGAGGGAGUCAUGGCUCCAGCAGUUUUGUGUGGUGGUGGUGGUGGUGGUGGUGUGGGGGAGUCAUGGCCCCAGCAGUUUUGUGUGGUGGUGGUGGUGGUGGUGUGUGGGAGUCAUGGCCCCAGCAGUUUUGUGUGGUGGUGGUGGUGGUGGUGGUGUGAGGGAGUCAUGGCCCCAGCAGUUUUGUGUGGUGGUGGUGGUGGUGGUGGUGGUGUGGGGGAGUCAUGGCCCCAGCAGUUUUGUGUGGUGGUGGUGGUGGUGGUGGUGGUGGUGUGGGGGAGUCAUGGCCCCAGCAGUUUUGUGUGGUGGUGGUGGUGGUGGUGGUGGUGGUGUGGUGGAGUCAUGGCCCCAGCAUUUGUUUUGUUGGCAGUGCAGGUGUGACUUUCAAUAAAUGUGUGUGUGCAGUAAACCUUUGUUUGUGUAUUCACUAGGUGUAGUAUACAGGGCCUCAGCUACAGGAAUAUAUUGUAGUGAGGCAGCCCCUCUCUCUCCUUGCCUCAAGUGUUUGUGUAUUCACCAGGUGUAGUAUACAGGGCCUCAGCUACAGGAAUAUAUUGUAGUGAGGCAGCCCCUCUCUCUCCUUGCCUCAAGUGUUUGUGUAUUCACCAGGUGUAGUAUACAGGGCCUCAGCUACAGGAAUAUAUUGUAGUGAGGCAGCCCCUCUCUCUCCUUGCCUCAAGUGUUUGUGUAUUCACCAGGUGUAGUAUACAGGGCCUCAGCUACAGGAAUAUAUUGUAGUGAGGCAGCCCCUCUCUCUCCUUGCCUCAAGUGUUUGUGUAUUCACCAGGUGUAGUAUACAGGGCCUCAGCUACAGGAAUAUAUUGUAGUGAGGCAGCCCCUCUCUCUCCUUGCCUCAAGUGUUGUGUUUCCCUUUCUUUUUGUCUCUCCUUCACACGUUAGGUUAUGUUAAGUCUGGCACCAUCUUUGCCUCUCUCUCUCUCUCUCUCUCUCUCUCUCUCUCUCUCUCUCUACAGGUGAUGGAGCACACAAGUGUAGCAGCUAACAGUUUCUGUGUAAUUGUCGUGGUGGUGACUUUCCUCCUCAUGUUCUCGUCCAGGAAGGGAAAGGCUGCCCUCGUGUUCCUCACCAUCCUGUUGUGUCACCAACCGUGUUGUCUGUGUGCUUGUUUGGUGAUGGCUGGCCCUGCAUCACUGCGCCCUCGUCUUUGCUCCUUCACUGCUGCCAGCUGUGCCCGUGGUCAUGAUGAUGAUGGUGGUGAUGGUGAUGAUGAUGGCGAGCGAGACAUUCAAAGGAGGGCGUGCACGUGCAUGGUGGUGAGCAGGUGAUGAUUGGAGAGGCACAGAACGUUCAGGAUGGAGGAGGAGGAGGAGCAGGAGUCUUUGUGUAUAGGAAGGAGAGGAAUGUAAGAGGAGAAAAGAUAGAUGUAGGCAGCUCUGUCAUGAGAGAAGGCGGCAGAGUGCACAGGCCACCCUGGAAUGUCGUGAAAGGCUUGCGGUGGUCGUGGUGUGCGUGAAGGGGGAGGGUGAGAGGGCAGGCAGAGACAACACCAAGAGUUAACCAGUGUUCUCGUUCAUUCUUCCCUUUCUCAGGUAAACUGUGGAACUCCCUGCCUGCUUCUGCAUUUCCUCCUUCCAAUGGCUUCAAGUCUUUCAACGAGGGGGAGGCUCAAGACAUCGUUUUAUUUAUCUAUUUUUAUUAUUCUCAUUUUAUUUGGCUCCUCUACAGGAACUGGCAUUAAGUUGGCUUUUUUAUUCAAUUUUUUUGUUGUCCUUUUCCAACAGCCCUCUUACAUAAAAGAAAAUAACUAAAUAAUAAUAAGAAAAGCCAGUGUCACGGGGUGGCAAAACCACGCUGCCUGGAGACAAUGUGCAUGGUGUGCCAGCUGUACCAAUGGAAGGAGUAUUGAGGCAGUGAAGGAGUCCCUGGAGACAAUGUGCAUGGCGUGCCAGCUGUAGCAAUGGAAGGAGUAUUGAGGCAGUGAAGGAGUCCCUGGAGACAAUGUGCAUGGCGUGCCAGCUGUAGCAAUGGAAGGAGUAUUGAGGCAGUGAAGGAGUCCCUGGAGACAAUGUGCAUGGCGUGCCAGGUGUACCAAUGGAAGGAGUAUUGAGGCAGUGAAGGAGUCCCUGGAGACAAUGUGCAUGGCGUGCCAGCUGUAGCAAUGGAAGGAUUUCAACUGGAAAGAAAUUGCAAAAUAUAUAUAUUUUUCAUUGGAAACUUUGUUGUAGCUGCUUAUAAAGACCUGACGCAUUGCUUCUGGUGCUCCUGUGUCGUGUCACAGGGAAGGGGACAGGCUGGUCAGUCAGACUUAACCCUCCCUGUGUGAAUGCAUGUUGCUUCUCGCCAAACACUUUCCUGGCCUGUAAAUCUGUCAGUGUUGCAUCCCUGACCACUUCCCCCAUGGUUUGUGAUGUGCUUGUAAGACUUGGUGGGCACCGUCACUCUGGCUCGUCUUUUGGCUUUCACUUCGCCUUUUUCUCGUUUAUUUGCAUGAAUAUGAGCAUUGUGUAUAUAAUUGCUUGUAUUAAUGAGACAAAAAAGGAAUUAGCAUUGUAUUUUCGUUGAUAAUUUUACAGUAAUGUAUGCAAGUAAAUAAACAAAAUGAAUACAUACAUAAUAAAAAAAAAAAAAAAAAAUUCCAGCCACAUCAAAAUUAAACCUCUGGAAAUAUCCUCCAUAAUUUAGAGACACAAAUAACAAAUAAAACACUGAACAUGUCAUCCAAAGUAAAUAAAUAAAUAAAGUGGACAGAGUACGAGCAGUGUUGCCAAUCGUACGAUAAUUAUUGUACAAGUACAAUAAUUUUUGCCCUUUUACGAUGUACAAUUGGACUCAUACGAUAAUACGAUAAUUUGGGAAUUCGUACGAUAUUUUUAUGAAAUAUACAAUAAUUUGAGUGAAAAUUAAUGUUAUUAAUAUCAGGUAAUGCAAAAUUUCUUAUAUAAAUUUGAAUAACAAAAUAAAAACCUGAAAGUGG